AUGCAAACUAUCAAAGUUGUCAUCAUCGGCGAGUGUGGUGUUGGCAAGACUAGUCUGAGGAACCAGUACACAACAUCGCGCUUCUCGCCCUCGUACCGCGCUACAGUGGGGCUCGAUUUCCACAGCCUCACACUCACGUUCCCCCCGCACGAAGCUUGUAUCUUCCAGCUAUGGGAUACAGCGGGGCAGGACCGAUUCGCCCCACUCUCGCGCGCCUUUUUCAGAGGUGCAGACGCCGUGUUGCUCGUGUUUGACUGUACGAAGCCCAAGACGCUCCAGGCGCUACGUAAGUGGUGGGCGGAGUUCAGUGGUGUAGAGGGGACGGAGGGCGCUGUCGUUGUUGCGGUUGGGAACAAGCUGGAU